UGAGUCAUUCAAAGUUCGAAAACUUUCACUCGUCCACUCAGUACCAAGUUACUCCCCUCUGAACACAUUUUUCCUUCUCAUGGACGACAACACGACGAUAACCCUAGUCUCACCCGAUUGAGUCUAUGUUCCUUCCAUUUCUACCCAAUGGUUUUUUUAAUUCUUCUUCCUUUUUUUCAACCGAAACUGGCUCUUCUCACCAUAGACCGGAAAUGCCGUUGAGAUCCGGCCAUGGACAGGGAGGCUAACCUUCCGGUCCCACCACCGGCCAAUCUGGUCCGUCCGAUCCCCAAUCAGGAUACCUCAUCCUCCACAUCGUCAUCUUUCCCCCCCGGCUUCAUCCGUGAUGUCCAAGCCGCCUUCAAGCGCCAUCGCUCUCUCGGUACAAUUCAGACGAAUGGUAUAAUGCCUAGACGAAUGGUGGUGUCCCAGCGCGCAGCUUCUAGAAAUGUGGGUGCCAAUGCUGAUACUAACAAGUCUAGGGAUUGUGUUCCAUUGAGUCAUAGUCAGCCACUCAAGGAAAAAAUUGUUGCUCGGGAGUCUCAAGAAGAUGCAUCAAUUACUCCACCUUCCAUCACCGGAACUAUCACGAAAACCCUUGAUGAUAAAAGGGAGAAUAAUCCCAUCCCUUUGCAGGAUGUAGAAUCUCAAAAUGUUGAUGGUCAGAGAAAGGUUCAGUUUUUAACUGCUCACAACGUCACUUCCCAGGGGGCCGAUGAUGGAAUGGCCACUGGAUUGGAGAACUUAUUAUCUCAUAUGGGUUCACUUGCCUUGACAGAAAUGGAAUGGGAUGCAUUUAAUCAAGUAGAGGCAUCAACUGUUGUCAAUAAUGAGUCAAAGCACCGACAUUUUCAGAACACAAAAUCUGAAAUCAGUUUGAAGUCUGACGGUGGGAUCUCUUCAUUGGCUAAAAGAAAUACAGUUAUUCAAGAUCAGAUACAUCAGUUAAGAAACUUCUUAGGACAACCUCUUACACAAUCUUCAGUUGUGGGGUCAUCAUGUGCUACCACAACAUCUAUCCAUUCAAGUUCAGCUCCAAUACUUAGCCUGACAACUUAUUGCUCUUGUUCUAAUCAAGGAGGUUCUCACGUGGCAAAAGAACCCCUGGGAGAUGUUGAAGCGAAUCCUCAACAUGGAAAUCAAGGAGAUAUAUUGCAGCAACCAUUUCCUUCAACUAAGGAAAUGAAAAAAUUGCUAGUUGAUCGGACAGCUCUUGCAGCACGGGCUUCUACCUCUGGCAAUGAUGCCCAAGUCGAGGCUAAGGAAUUUGACUUGUCCAGAAAGCAAGAAGUAAGCCUGGCAAAUGAAAAUGAACUUUCAAAGGAUCCUUGUCCUCAGUAUGCUAAGUCAAUCAAAGGGCAAGAUUUUGCAGGUGAUGUCACUAAUAUACAAUCUCAGGCUCCAGUGCCAAAAGAUGUAACUUCAGAUGUAAAGUUAGAACCUUCCAAAGCAGAGAAGCAGUCAUAUGUUACAGGUAGUAGAGGAUCAUCAGCACCUCAUAAGCGGAAUUAUGAUCCUGACUUGUUCUUCAAAGUGAAUGGAAAGCUGUAUCAAAGGCUUGGAAAGAUAGGCAGUGGAGGAAGCAGCGAGGUCCACAAAGUCAUUUCAUCAGAUUGUAAAAUAUAUGCACUUAAGAAAAUCAAACUCAAAGGUCGUGACUAUGCUACUGCAUAUGGGUUUUGCCAGGAAAUUGAAUAUUUAAACAGGUUGAAGGGAAAGAACAACAUUAUCCAGUUAAUAGACUAUGAGGUGACAGAUAAGAACCUGCUCCAAGAAGUCAUGAACGGGUGCAUCUCAAAUAAAGAUGGCAGAGUUAAGGAUGAUGGCUAUCUAUACAUGGUACUUGAAUAUGGAGAAAUUGAUUUGGCUCACAUGCUAUCCCAAAAAUGGAAAGAAAUGUAUAGCUCCAGUCAGACCAUAGAUGAGAACUGGCUUCGGUUUUACUGGCAGCAAAUUCUUCAAGCUGUCAACACUAUACAUGAGGAACGUAUUGUACAUUCCGACCUGAAGCCAGCUAAUUUCCUUCUUGUAAAAGGUUCCCUAAAACUUAUUGAUUUUGGUAUUGCCAAAGCCAUAAUGAGCGACACAACCAACAUCCAAAGGGAUGCACAGGUGGGUACUCUGAGUUACAUGUCUCCUGAGGCAUUCAUGUGCAACGAAAGUGAUGCAAAUGGAAAUACUAUAAAAUGUGGCCGACCUUCAGAUAUUUGGUCCCUUGGAUGCAUACUUUACCAAAUGGUUUAUGGGAGGACCCCUUUUGCUGAGUACAAGACAUUCUGGUCCAAGUUUAAAGUUAUAACAGAUCCAAACCAUGAGAUAACGUAUGGACCAGUUUCUAACCCCUGGCUGCUUGAUCUCAUGAAGAAAUGUCUUGCAUGGGACCGCAAGGAGAGGUGGAGGAUUCCUCAGCUACUUAAACACCCUUUUCUAGUUCCCCCAGUCCCUCCCCAGCCAUCUUUGUCUCAAGACCAAAGCUGUCAACUGCUUCAACUUAUAGCUGAAGCAUGUUCUAAUAAUCAGGACGCUUUGAUGCUAUGCUCUAAGCUCAAUCAACUACUUAGAGACCCAAUGCCACAUGUAACAUCCCAGUCACUAACAUCGCAAGAACAGCAAUGCAAGUUGCUCUCUCAAAUGUCAAAGCUUUGCUGUCAGCUCCAGGAACAUCUAAGCAAGUCAGGGUGAGAGUUGGUAAAGAUGGGGAGUAUGCUUGCCAGAGCAACUUUUGCUACUAUUGGAUGGUUUUGUUUGGCCUACGAGAAAUUAUGCCAAAUCAAGCUCAUUUCCCGCCCUUUGUAAUAACAUGUAAAAGUAACAUUGUGGUAUUAUAUUCUUAGAUAGAUGAAACAUUAUCCUUCAGUGAGUUCAUGAAGGUGUCUGCCUAACAAUCUUCCUUUUUUUUUUUUUUUUCUUGAAUUGAUUUUGGCAGUCCAAUUGUCUCAAUUCAACUGUUCGCUGAGUAUGUUCAUGAUUUGUGACGAACAGUUUUCAAAUUCUUGACUAGAUCGUUGCAACUUACAAAAUAGGCCGUUAAUACAUAUUUAGAAAUGAACAUGUCAUCUUCUAAAUU